AUGAUCGACCUCACUGUCAAUGCGCGCGCCGUACAGGUCGAUGCGCCCGAGGACACCGCGCUGCUGUGGGUCCUGCGCGAACACCUGGGCCUCACGGGCACCAAGUUCGGCUGUGGCGCCGGCAUGUGCGGGGCCUGCACCGUCCACGUCGACGGCGUCCCCACCUUCGCCUGCCUGACCGCCGUGGGCGAUGUCGCCGGUGCGGCGGUGACGACGAUUGAAGGCUUGGGCGAAGGCCCGGGCGAGGGCCCGGAGGGUGAGGCGGAUCACCCCCUGAAGCGGGCCUGGGUGGCUGAACAGGUGCCCCAGUGCGGCUAUUGCCAAUCCGGCCAGAUCAUGCGGGCGGCGGCCCUGCUGGAGGAGAACCCCGAUCCCAGCCGGCAGGAGAUCCUCCAGUCGAUGAGCAGCAACCUCUGCCGCUGCGGCACCUACAACCGGAUCGUCAAAGCGGCCACAGCACAAAGCGAUACCCCGUCGCUUUCCCGGCGCGGCUUUCUUGCCGGCACAGCCGCCCUCACCUUCAUGAUCGGCAGCGGCGGGCUGGUCUCCGUCGCGCGGGCAGACGCAGCAGCAGCAGACAAGACCCUGAAGCCCAGCGCCUGGCUGAGCAUCGCCGGCGACGGGACCAUCACCAUCGUCUUUCCCUCAACGGAGAUGGGCCAGGGCAGUUCCACCGCGCUGCCGCUGAUCCUCGCGGAGGAACUCGACGCCGACUGGGACCGGGUGGUGAUCGAGCAGCUGAGUCGUGACGACCGCAACUUCGGCAACCCGAUUUUCGGCGGCGUGCUCUACACCGCCGGCAGCACGGGGGUCUACGGCUACUUCGAUACGCUGCGCAAGGCCGGCGCCCAGGCGCGGCGCCUGCUGAUGCAGAUCGCGGCGGACAGUUGGUCGGUGCCGCUGGACAGCGUCGCCACCGAACCGGGCGCCGUGGUUCACAGCGCAAGCGGGCGGCGGCUGAGUUACGGAGAGAUCGCCGCCCUAGACGCCCCCCUCCCCGCCGUCACCGAGGUCGGCGAAGACGAUCUGAAACCACGCUCGGCCUACCGCCUGAUCGGCCAGAACCUGCCGCGCCGCGACGUGCCGGCCAAGAGCGAUGGCACGGAACGCUAUGCCAUCGACGUGCGCGUGCCCGGCAUGGCCUACGCCACCGUGCUGCGCAGCCCGGUGGAAGGCGAAAGCCCCGUUCGAAUCGACGACGCCGCCACACUGGGGGUUCCGGGCGUUCUGCAAACCGUGGAACUGCCGGACGGCGUGGCGGUGGUCGCCGAGCGCCUGGAAGCGGCCCUGGCCGGCAAGGACCUGCUGGACGUGACCUGGAGCGAGACCGCCCCGGCGCGCAGCUACGACAGCGCGACGGAUCUGGCCGGUUAUGCGGCGGCGGCCGGCGACAGUGCCCGCGAGGGCGUGACCUGGGCCGCCCAGGGCGAUGCGGCGGCGGCCAUUGCCGGCGCCGCGCGGGUGGUGGAGGCGAACUACCUUUCCGACUACGCCUACCACGCCCAGAUGGAACCGAUGGCGGCGGUGGCGGCGGUCGAUGCCGACGGCAAGGGCGCCGAGGUCUGGGCCGGAACCCAGACCCAGAGCUGGACCAUGCGCACCAUCACCGAGAUUCUCGACACCACGGCCGACCGCAUCCGCCUGCACAUGAUGACCAUGGGCGGCAGCUUCGGACGCCGUACGGCGCUGACGCAGGAAUACCUGCGCGACGCCCUGCUGACCUCAAAGGCCACCGGCCGGCCGGUGAAGGUGGUCUGGAGCCGCGAGGACGACGUGAAGUUCGGCUGGUUCCGCCCUGCCGCCGCCCAGCGCCUGCGCGCCGGCCUGACAGCCGACGGCAGCCUCAGCGGCUGGCACCACCGCGUCGCGACGCCCUCGGUCAUUGCCUACUUCAAUCCGCUGCGCUGGGAUCAGGUGGAACCGAAGGACAUCAUUUCGAUGCGCGGUUCCGAGAACAAGUUCUACAGCAUCGCCGAUCUCCAUGCCGAGCAUGUUGUCACCGAGCGCGGUGCGCGGCUGGCGCCCUGGCGCGCCAUCGGCGCCAGCUACACCAGCUUUGCCGCCGAAGCCUUCAUGGACGAAUUGGCGGCAGCGGCCGGCAGCGACCCGCUGGACUUCCGGCUCGGCCUUCUACAGGACAACCCGCGUGGCCGCGAGCUGCUGCAGCGCGUUGCCGGAAAGGCCGGCUGGGGCGCGCCAGAGACGAGGGGCGGCGAGACCGCACUCGGCCUCGCCUUUGCCGGCUAUGGCGAUUCCAUGGCGGCCGGCAUCGCCGAAGUGGCUCUUGACCGGAACAGCGGACGGCUUGCCGUCACCCGUUUCUGGGCGGCGGUGGACGCCGGUCUGAUCGUGGCGCCGGACAACGCCCUGGCGCAGAUCGAAGGCGGAAUCAUUUUCGGGCUCAGCAGUGCCCUGAAAGAGAGCAUCACCAUCGCCGGCGGCGAGGUGGUGCAGAGCAAUUACUACGACUACGAGAUCCUGCGCGCCGACGAGGUGCCGGAGAUCGACAUCCAGCUCCAGGUCAGCGACGGACCGCCGACGGGCAUUGGCGAGGUCGGCACACCAAUGGUCGCCGCCGCCGUUGCCAACGCCUUUCACGGGCUCACCGGGCGGCGCUUGCGCCACCUGCCCUUUACCCCGGAGCGGGUGCUGGAGGCGCUGGCCUGA